AUGCGUGGUCUGGAAGAAAACCACGAAGCAGAGAUGUCCCAGCUGGCUAAGGAGUUGGAUCACUCCAGGGCCCGAGCGAAUGAUCUCCAGAAAGCUCAAGAAGAACAACUUGAAGAAAACAUUCGCCUUUCCAAGGAGCGCGACGAAUGCAGCGAAGAGAUUGCCCGAAUGCGUGGUCUGGAAGAAAACCACGAAGCAGAGAUGUCCCAGCUGGCUAAGGAGUUGGAUCACUCCAGGGCCCGAGCGAAUGAUCUCCAGAAAGCUCAAGAAGAACAACUUGAAGAAAACAUUCGCCUUUCCAAGGAGCUUGAAAGUUUGCAGCCUGUUGGUAUCCCUUUGGUUAUGGUGCAUUAUUGGCUGCUCUAG